GACGGCGCUGGCGAAGGUAGCUUGAGACGGCGGCGGCAUCGAGCCCGGGGGUCGCGGAGGCGACAGCGGUGACGACGAGCCCGGAGGCGGGCGGAGGAACCCGGGUCGCGAUGGAGCGGAAGAGGUGGGAGUGCCCGGCGCUCCCGCAGGGCUGGGAGAGGGAAGAAGUGCCCAGAAGGUCGGGGCUGUCGGCCGGCCACAGGGAUGUCUUUUACUAUAGCCCCAGCGGGAAGAAGUUCCGCAGCAAGCCACAGCUCGCGCGCUACCUGGGCGGCUCCAUGGACCUCAGCACGUUCGACUUCCGCACGGGCAAGAUGCUGAUGAACAAGAUGAAUAAGAGCCGCCAGCGAGUACGCUACGACUCCUCCAACCAGGUCAAGGGCAAGCCCGACCUGAACACCGCGCUGCCCGUGCGGCAGACCGCGUCCAUCUUCAAGCAGCCAGUGACCAAGAUCACCAACCACCCCAGCAACAAGGUCAAGAGUGACCCGCAGAAGGCGGUGGACCAGCCGCGGCAGCUGUUCUGGGAGAAGAAGCUGAGCGGCCUGAGCGCCUUCGAUAUAGCUGAGGAGCUGGUCAGAACCAUGGACCUGCCCAAGGGCCUGCAGGGGGUGGGUCCUGGCUGUACAGAUGAGACGCUGCUCUCUGCCAUCGCCAGCGCCCUCCAUACCAGCACGUUACCUAUCACGGGGCAGCUGUCGGCCGCCGUGGAGAAGAACCCAGGUGUAUGGCUGAACACCACACAGCCCCUGUGCAAGGCCUUCAUGGUGACUGACGAGGACAUCAGGAAGCAGGAGGAGCUGGUGCAGCAGGUCCGCAAGAGGCUAGAGGAGGCCCUAAUGGCAGACAUGCUGGCCCACGUGGAGGAGCUGGCCCGUGAUGGGGAGGCACCCCUGGACAAGGCCUGCGUAGACGAGGAAGAGGAGGAUGACGACGAAGAUGAUGAUGAUGAGCCUGAGCCAGACCCAGAGCUGGAGCGUGUCUAACACAGACAUCCUGCCCAGCACUGAACACCUGUCUCGCAUGGCUCUGCAACAUGGCUAGUGUGGGCCCUGCUGGGAGCCAGGCCUCCAGCCCCCUUCCUGGCCUGGCCUGAAGGCACCUCAUGAAUCAAUUGGACUACACAGCCUCUCUGGGCCUGGACUCUGGACCUGCUGGCCCUGCCUGCCUGCCAGGAGGCCCCUUGAAGAGAACUCAGGGUCACUAGGCCCAGAAGAGGCCCUGCUCAAAGCCAGAGCAGAAGGUUUGUCAGAAGCUGGAGGAAGGUUCCUGAAGCCUAUCUGGCCACCUUGCCCCGUGUGGCGCCAGCUCUGUCCUGGCUAUCAUCUAGAUGGCCCCUCCCCUGGGCCGCCCAAUCAGUCUCCUUCAAUAAAUGAGUCAUAGGA